UUAAAGUGUCUUCCUCCCGUUAAGCCCGACUGGUUCGGUUCCUUGAGAACAUACUUGAUAUCAAUAUGAGAGUGAAGUGUUUGAUCAUAUUUUUAAUGUCUUUAAUUUCUUUUCAUCACACUUUAUCCAUUCAUCAUGCUCCAGAAAAGAGAUUUGCAGAAAGUGAAUCUGUAUUAGAUGCUAAAGGUGAAAUGACGCUGAAAUGGAGGGUUGACUACGAAGAUAAGAAAAUACAGUUUCGAGUGGAUUUUUCUGAUAAAACUCCUCAUAUCAACUGGUUCGCUCUGGGAUUUUCCGACAGGGGAAAUAUGGAGAACUCCGAUGUUUGUCUCGUUUGGACAGAUUACAAGGGCAAAGAUCAUUUUGAGGAUAUGCACGCUGACUCAAAUGGAAGAUUAAUAAGGGACAAACAACAAGAUUGCAAACAUUUUUAUGUCAACGCAAGGACUCGUAGCUUGCAUUUUGAACGUGAUUUUGAUACCUGCGACGAUGACGAUUAUUUAAUUGAGGACGGCACAGUUCAUAUAAUAUGGGCUCGUGGGACCGACAAGCUGUACUCAUCCAAAGGUCUCUGUCUACCCUGCACUUCUACUUUUGACCGCAGCUUCAUCCGCGUCCGUUUACUGACAAUACCAGGGAUGUCAAUGGUAUCUCACAUAGCAGAUGCGCAGGAAUUGCGUUUCACUACAGACAAUUUAAAAGUUCCUAAUGCAGACACAACUUAUUGGUGUAAAGUCUUUAAACUGCCCGAUUUCGUAUCGAAGAGCGAACAUCACAUUGUGAAGUUUCAAUCACUUAUAACUAAAGGUAACGAGGGAUUGGUUCAUCACAUGGAGGUGUUUUAUUGCGAUGCAAAAACUGACGUUGAAAUUCCAUUAUAUGAAGGCAAUUGCUUCGCUAACGAAAGACCAGAAAUGACAAAGUUAUGUUCAAAGGUUAAAGCUGCUUGGGCUAUGGGUGCACCGCCCUUCGUAUACCCAAAAGAAGCGGGGUUGCCGUUUGGGGGACCCGCUGCUAACAAAUAUGUCAUGCUUGAGGUGCAUUAUAAUAACCCUGAAAUGUUAGAUGAUUGGGUGGAUAGUUCUGGAAUUCUAUUAUCCAUAACGGACAAUAAACGAAAGUACGACGCUGCGAUUAUGGAGUUGGGGCUCGAAUAUACCGAUAAGAUGGCCAUCCCUGGAGGACAAAAGGCUUUUCCUUUGACUGGAUACUGCAUUCCACAAUGUACUGGAGUGGGUCUUCCGUUAUCCGGUAUAAGGGUGUUUGGCAGUCAGCUCCACACUCACCUGACUGGCGUGGCGGUGUGGACGCGGCACGCUAGAGCCGGCAUCGAACUGCCCCUCCUCAAUAUAGACCUCCAUUACUCUACCCACUUCCAAGAAAUAAGAUUACUACAUCGUCCUGUUGAAAUAAUGCCGGGAGACUAUUUAGAAACAACAUGCAUAUAUAAUACUGAAGACAAGAUGAAUGCCACUGUCGGCGGACACGCGAUCACAGACGAGAUGUGCGUCAACUACAUCCACUACUACCCCGCCACAGAACUAGAAGUGUGCAAGAGCGCGGUUUCCAAUAAGGCUUUGGAAGACUAUUUCAAGUUUGAAAAAAUGUGGGACAACAUGUCCAUAUCGUUUUCAUCACCACCCAGAGCCAACUACCUCGCUAUUCAACCGUGGACUCCUUUAAGAUCUAGUGCUCUCAAUGAACUGUACACUGAGUCGCCUAUAUCUAUGCAGUGUAAUAAAUCAGAUGGAAACCGCUUUCAGGGAGAAUGGGAAGGACUUCUUGUGUCAAAAAUAAAGUUGCCAUUGCCUGAAAAUACGAGAGCCUGUCCAAUACAGCAUUAUGUAUUUAAAAAGUAACGAUUCUAACUAUUUAUGAAUAAUACGUAUUCAAUAUGUAUUUAAGUUACAAAAAUUAUCUGUAUAAUGUUAUGAGAACUUUUAAACAUCUUAUAUAAUUGUUAUCAGUGUAAUAUAAUUCUCUUAGUAUAAUGACUCCAUUACUAUAACAUAAGGAGUAAUCGGAAAAGAUUUUUAUUACGUUGACACUGCUACGGGUUAUUAUUUAUUGUAAAAAUAAAUGUAUUCAAAAAUUGUUGUAUUUCAAUUGACUUGUUCAGAAUAAUGGCUACUAUGAUGAAUAUUCUAUAUUAAUAAACACAGUUAUUAAUAUUACCAGUUAAGUUUUUUUUAAAUAUUUUACCCAUACAUCUUUUCAUGUAUUCGAUCUCAUACAUAUAUAAUAAU